AUGUCAUUUACCCAAAAACGCUCAUCGGAUGGCCUGUCUGAUUCUGAUGAUUCUUGGGAACGUGCAGCCCAUUCGUUUCGACAUGAGCCUCCUAGCCUGUAUGCUCGUCAAACUACAAUUCUAGAGGCACAAAACGCCAAACUAGUUAUCACAAGUGAUAUGCUUCAGAAACAAUUAGAUAAGGCCAAAUCUGAAUUGGCCCUACUCGAAAAAGAGUAUGAGGAAGAGCACAAUCGAAUGAGCCAAAUUAGCGCCGAGUAUGAUGAGUCUGUGAAUAGCACAGUUAAUUUAGCACAAGAUAUCUUUGAAGUUUCUACCAAAGACAAAACAGCCCUUGUAUCUCUCGAUACUGAUAGAACCAGCCUGGAGACUUAUAUUGCUGCAGAUUCAGCUCUAUCAGAAAAACUUCAGCAUGCCCUGUAUUUGUGGCAUCGUCAACUUCCAAUGGCAGAAGAAACAGAGGCAAGCAUCUAUAUAUAUAUAUUACAUCUGAUAGACGCCUCUAAAGCAAGACAAUGUCCAGCAAUAGAAAUCGAAACUAUUGUAGAGGCCUUUCAAACAGUCGAAUGUCUUAAUGCCCAAGCUGAGGCUACAUGCAAAGGAUAUGAAGCAAAGACUCAAACAAUCGAGCGUGAGCUUCAAAAACUCAACCAUCUACCUCAACUACUACCCAUAUUAAAUUCAUCUAUAGCUUCAUACCAAGAAGAGACUAGACGGAGUCAUCAAGCAGCAGUAAAUACUCAAGAGAAUGAACUGGAGCCGUUAUUACAAAGAAUCAGCAGCCUUAGUAUCCGAUCACCAUUGACAGAAACUAAUAUCCGUAAAGAUUAUGAAACUAUGGAGGAAUUGUCUUUGCAGCUUGAAAAAAUAUGCCAAACAUUACUUAAUCAAAGGGCUUGUCAACAAUUGCUGACUUUUGGCUAUGAAACUGACGAUAAACAUCAAAAGCAACAACAAUACGUAUAUCAGGCAUUGAAGGAAGAACUCGAGGAAGAAUACAUUUCUCAUCACGCAUUUUUGGAAAAAGCAGGUGCCUUGGAUUGGCCAAACACAGGAUUACAGGAUCGUACAAAUGCUACAGAUAUAAUGGCAUGGGCACAAGAUUUACUGGGAUUUGAAGACGACAAGUUACUCUCAAAUGAAUCGAUCGUUGAGAAGGUCAAGGUUCUUUUACAAGAAAAUAAAACUUGGUACAACCAAUGGCUGAAAAGUCUUGACGCGCAUAUGGACGUGGUUGAUAAAUUGGAUGAAGCUGAGAAGCGUAUGACCGAUACUCUCUAUAGCAAUUCUGCCUCAACAAAUGAGCUGAUCUUACUUCCACAGACAUACACUGAGACUCAAAAAGAGUUGGAAAAGAGUACGAUUGAACUUGGGAAUGAUGUAGCUGAAUUGGAAGAGGAGCUUGAGCUCAGUACUAGGUUUGAACAUAAAAAAGAGCUAUUUACAUUGUUCUUUAAUGACCCAAAGGAAUUUGAAGCUCACAUCGCUUCUGCAUCCGGUUCAUAA